AUGGCGUCAACUUCUUCAACUUCUUCUGCAACAUUAAAAACCAAUAUAGAAAGGACAAGGAUAGAUCCUAAAGAGCGUUUACUCACCAUAACAUUAAUAGGAGCAGUAUGGGGACUAUUUUUUGGAGGAUAUGAAGGAGCUAAAUUUAGUGGGUUACAAUAUUUAGCAGAACGUGUUCAUAAAUUACCCAAAACAAAAGAAAAAUGGUAUUAUUAUCAUAAAUAUAAAAAUUAUAGAAUGAUAUUAGGUGGAUUGAAGCAAGGGUUUAAAUACGCUAGGAAUACUGGUGGAAUAUGUUUAUGCUUUGGUGGAAUAGAAUAUUCUUUAGAUUAUAUGAGAAAAGAAGAUGAUAUAUUUAACACAACAUUGGCUGGAUUAUCUACAAAUCGUUUGCCAAAGCAAAGUACCAAAUAUGCUUGUAUAAUGGGUACAAGCGUAGGAAUUAUUACAGGUGGUAUACGAGAUUUACUAAAAUAUUAUAACGAAGAAAAUAUUUGGUAUUGGGAUUGGAUAAAGUUUAAUAUAAUAAAGAGAGAUUAA